UUCAGUUUGAUUAUUGUGCUGUUGUGAAGAUGCCUCGUUAUGAUGAUCGGAGGGGAGAUAGCACCCGUCUCUAUGUGGGCCACUUGUCUUCACGGACCCGCUCACGUGAUCUGGAGCGUGUAUUCAGUAAAUAUGGGAGGCAUUUGCCUGGCCUGAAGGUCAAUCUUGAGAGGGUGGCCUUGGUGGAAUUGAUGGAAAGUCUUGCCGGGUUUUAGGAGACUUCGGUGAUUCUUUCUAUAAUGGCCUUGGUGGAGUCUUGCCCGGUUUUAGGAGACUUUGGUGGUCCUUUCUAUAAUGUCUUUGCGUAUUUUUAUGGAAAUUCCCAACAAUCUCAAACUGGUGUUUAGUUCGUCUUGAGGGGCAAGUGUUCAUGAAACUUCCUUGCUUAAGUAAGUAAUGAUGGCCUUACUGUUUCUGGCAAAACAUUUCCGCAGAGUACGUGAUGUGGACAUGAAGCACGACUAUGCCUUCGUAGAAUUUAGUGAUCCUCGAGAUGCUGAUGAUGCAAGAUACUAUUGUGACGGCCGUGACGUUGAUGGACGCCGCAUAAUUGUGGAAUUCGCCAAGGGAGUUCCACGGGGACCUGGCGGUUCGCGUGAGUAUCUUGGCAAAGGACCCGCUCCUGGGUCAGGCCGCUGCUUCAACUGUGGCCUUGAAGGCCACUGGGCUCGAGAUUGCAAAGCUGGGGAUUGGAAGAACAAGUGUUAUCGAUGUGGAGAGAGAGGUCAUAUAGAAAGAAAAUGCCCAAAUAGUCCUAAAAAACUCAGUAGGCGCAGUUACUCGCGGUCACCUGUUAGGUCUCGAUCGCGGUCACGCUCUCCUCGUCGAAGUUACAGCAGAAGCCGCAGCUAUAGUCUAUCAAGAUCCCCCCCACCAAAGAGAGAACGAGCCGACCAGGUGAAGCGAUCAAGAAGCUACAGUAGGAGCCCCGAGCCAAGAAAAGCAAGUCCAAGUCCUAGCCCUAGUCCUCCACCCAAGACGAGGAAGCGCAGCCCAACGCCCGAAGAGGGAAGCCCUAGCCCUAUGGAAGCAAGGAGCCCUCUUUCACCAACUAGAGAAGAAGGUGCCUAUAGCCAAAGCCCGAGAGAGAGAAGUGCAAGUCCUUUAAGUCCUAGAAGGGAUGAUAGCCCUGCUCCUCCUCGAAGGUAUGAUGACAGCCCCGCUGAAGCUAAUGGUGGAAGUGGAAGCCCAAGUCCCAACCAGAGGAACCAUGUAGAUGAUGACGAGGAUGAGGGUGAGUUUCGUAAAGAACCCUCUGGUAGAGGGAGCGAAUCGCCUUGAAAGGCACUCGUUUAUGGAAUCUACUGUAUGGAAGAAACUUGGUGGGAUGUUUCUGAAUGAAUUUUGAGCACUGGACCUUGUGAAGGCCUAAUGAGAUAUACUUGAAAGAGUUGACUUAUAUCUGUAUUUGGAUUGCAAGUUAGUACUAUACUCGGUAUAUUGAUGAUUUCUUGUUACUUUAA